CCAAGAAAGCAUGGCGACACUGCUGUCAAGAUGAUCUGGAUACUAACAGAUUUACAGUGUUUUUUGAACAUGUAAAGUGACUUUUUAGAUUCACAGUACACUAAACUGGCCUCGUCUUCAUCUUCUAGUCGUGUAUUUGCGUUUUGAUUCUCGUCAGCUGACUCUUGGCUGCUGACAAGCGAGUUAAACACCAAAAUGCACUCCGUGAAGGUCGGCUAUUUGGCUUCGGCUGUGUCGCGAGCUCUCUGCUCAAGUGGAAUUUACUGUCGUGAGUUCAUUAAAGUGUCUGCCUGCUGUCGUGUUCAUCGGUGUGUUAGUCAGACUCGUUAUUGUCGAACAGCAGCCACGCCAGAGGAGACAGUUAUUCGUAUUCCGCGCUCCAUGCAGAUGCGCGUUGAAAAUGUAAAACAGACUCGAGGCCAAAACAAAAUCAACACCAUCAAAGCUGGCAAGCUCCUGAUCCAGAGCAAGAACCCUGAUCUGAACCAGUCUGUGGGAUUCACCCUUGGGAAGUUCGAGCAGCUCAGUCUUUGCUCUAAAGGAUGGAAGCAUAACAAAUCCUUCGGUGACUAUUUCACCAUCAACAACAUCAAGACUGUUGCGCCCUUUGUUGCUGAAAAUGAGGAUGUCGAAAAGAAAGCAUCGGUGACUUUUAACAACCUCCACAUCUGCAAGGAGCUGGUGGAAGCUUUGGACAGUGUCAACAUCACCCAUCCUACCACUGUACAGCUGCAGACCAUCCCAAAGGUGAUGAAGGGUCACAACGUCCUCUGUGCUGCGGAGACGGGCAGCGGAAAAACACUGAGUUACCUCCUGCCUGUUCUUCACAGACUGCAGGCCGAUAAGGAGUCGGAGAUGCACGCUGCUGAGGGCGCACAAAAGACUCGUGCCGUGGUUCUCGUGCCUUCCAGAGAGCUAGCUGAGCAAGUGGCGGCUGUGUCCAGGACUUUGUGCGAUCCCUUAGGCUUGGUGACGAGUACUGUGGGUGGGGGGCGGGGUGUGGGACACAUCAAGACGGUCUUUAAGAGGAGUCAUCCAGAUAUUUUAGUGGCCACGCCGGGUGCUCUGGUCAAGGCCCUGCGGAGACGCUGCGCGGACUUGAGCGAGCUGAGCUUCUUCGUGGUAGACGAGGCUGACACCAUGUUCGACCCCAGCUUCUCGGACAUGCUGGAGAACAUCCUGCUCCACACACGCAUCGCCAGGGACCCCAAGGAGACGCGAGGCCCGGGCCACAAAGCCCAGCUGCUGGUGGUGGGGGCCACCUUCCCUGGGGGCGUCGGGGAAGUGCUCAGCCAGGUGACCGACCUCGGCAGCAUGGUGGUCAUCAAGAGCAAGAUGCUGCACUUCCUCAUGCCACACGUCAAGCAGACGUUCCUGAAGGUAAAGGGCGAGGACAAGGUCCUGGAGCUCCACCAAGCCCUGAAGUUGCUCCAUCGGGAGAAAGGAGGGGGCGCUGCUCUGGUGUUCUGCAACAAGUCUGCCACCGUCAACUGGCUGGGGUACUCGCUGGAUGAGAUGGGGGUGCGGCACGCGCGUCUGCAAGGGGAGAUGCCCGCUGCCGUGCGCGCGGGAAUCUUCCGCUCGUUUCAGAAGCCCGGACUGGUAGAUGUGUUGAUAUGCACAGACAUCGCUUCACGUGGCCUGGACACAUCCGGAGUGCGCUUGGUGGUCAACUACGACUCCCCUGAAUCCCACACGGACUACAUCCACAGGGCAGGGAGGGUGGGCAGGGCGGGAGGGGUGGUGGACGGGGAGGUGCUCAGCUUUGUCACUCAUCCGUGGGACGUGGAGCUAGUGCAGAAGAUUGAGACGGCUGCACGGAGGAGAACUAGUUUGCCGGGGAUGGAGUCUGAAAUACGUGAGCCGAAACCCAAAGAAGUAGAGGCAGCGGAGUAGUUCCUCUGUGUUUGCAGGGUGUGUAUGUGUUGCGUUGGGAUGACAAACUCUAAAUGUACAAAACGUUGUGAGCCAGAUUUGAAUUUGAAUUACAGAGGGCUGUUUUUCUUUGGCCACUUUGACUUGAAAAUAUGUGCUUAAUGUCACAAAAUGUUUUAUAGCCUAUCUUCCCUGAUGAAAAUGUUUGUGCAGAUUAAUCUCCUCAGCAGUUGCUUAUUUAGACUGAAUAUACUUUCUACAUAAUGUUAAAUGAACUGAUGCAGUAUUGUUGUUAAAAAAUGCUUUGACUUCAAAGUAAAAUCCAUUCACAUAUUUUCCUCUUCUUUAUUUAUUUAAUUGAGCAAUUUAGAGAGGAGUGUGAUCUUUGGACCAUUUUCUUUGUAGCAAGAACAUGACUUUAUUUAGUCUAACUAUCAAAGGUGCAAAAAUGUUUUUGUGCAACAAUGACAUCAGCGUCUCCUCCCAAAUACUGAAAAACGUAAUUGACCUGGUUAGUGAGCGUAAAGUAAUUAUCAGUGAAACUGUGUAACAAAGUAAUGUGAUGACUGUGGAAAGCUUGUCAUUGAUGUAUACUUUUUGUAAUACAACCUGUUUGCUUCUUAACUACAUUUAACCAUGUAUAACACACAGAAUGGUAUUGAAAUAAUUUAUCCAACAUUGCAACAAAGCAUGCACAAAUACAUUAUAUUUGGUCUGAUCCGUCUCCUAAAACCUUUAAGACUUGUAAAAAUGUGUCAAUAAAAAUAUUGAUAUUGUCAUGUCGAAAAA